AUGACAGGAAACCCCCCGCAUGACCACAUCCAUGACCAAGUCUUUCCCCGAGUGGACCAGAAGUACCCGCUGAGGCAGCUCUGGAGCAGUGUCCGCAUACAAGCUGCUGUGCGGGAGGCCUACACGCGAGAACCGCUGCAGCUCGCGGCUCCUAGUCUGGAUCACUCUGCGCGUCUUUUGCAGAUUGCUCAGGUUGUCAUGUCUCGUGUUGGUGCCAAGACCUGGCAGUCGUAUGCGUCGCAUUUUGCCGCCUUUGUGUGUUUCUGCGUGGACGAAGGUUUGGAGUUACUCCGGGCCUCCCAUUAUGCCGGGCUCUUGUGGAGUCAGUUUCUCGCUGCCAAGGGCUCCAUCCAAGUCCGCACAGCGCAGCCUUAUUUCAGUGCUAUUAUCUCCGGGCAUGACUUGCUCGGGAACCCUAAGCCCUGUGUCGGAGACAACACCCUGUUGGCAGCGUUUCGUCGAGGUUGGGAGCGCUUGCAGCGCUCAACGGUGCCUGCUUCCGUGCUCGUGUUGGCCUUUAGUGCAGGUGAUGCUUGGCAUCUUUAUGAGCAGUUGGCCGUGGUGCCCGUUGGCUCCGAGUUGGCCUUGCCGUUGUUGUUCGUCGUGUUGAGUUUCUGUCUCUUGCUUCGCCCAGACUCUCUGCUGUCGGUAACCUGGACGUACGACCGGCCGUCAAACCUGGUGACAGAUAACUUGGCAGCCUUCACGAUCACACGCUCCGCUCCAUCAGGCCCCCUGUGCUUCAGCAGCCGCUGCACUUUCCCAAACCACAUCUUCAUGGUCCCCCGGGACCGUCGUAGGAACCAGCUUCCAAUUGAUAGCCUAGCAAUGCCAACAGACACGACUUGGAGCAAGUCAGCAGUUGCAUCUAGAUCAACUCCAGCGAUCCCUGCUUCAGCAUAG